UUUAUUCUUGCCUGCAGCGCCACAGCGAGCGAGCGAGCGAGGAGGGGGAGAGACGGAGUCUGUCUGCAAGUGCUGCUCCCUGGUGCUCAGAGGCGGCUGCUCCAGCUCCAACUCUCAUUCAUUUCGCCGGUUAACAUGAGAGAUCAUGGCCGCCUUCGGGCUUCUCAGCUAUGAGCAGAGACCGCUGAAACGCCCCCGACUCGGGCCGCCGGACGUCUAUCCGCAAGACCCCAAGCAGAAGGAGGAUGAACUUACUGCUGUGAAUGUAAAGCAAGGCUUCAACAAUCAGCCGGCUUUUACUGGAGAUGAACAUGGCUCAGCCAGAAAUAUCGUAAUUAACCCAUCAAAGAUUGGAGCUUAUUUUAGCAGCAUAUUAGCUGAGAAACUAAAGCUUAACACUUUCCAGGACACCGGAAAGAAGAAACCACAAGUUAAUGCUAAAGAUAAUUAUUGGCUGGUUACUGCUCGAUCCCAGAGUGCAAUUCAUAGUUGGUUCUCUGACUUAGCAGGAAAUAAACCACUUGCUAUUUUGGCAAAAAAGGAGCUGCCUCUGGCCAAGUCAGGUGUCCCUCAGGUUCCCAUCCUUAGUAAAAAAGAAGACGUUUUUGCAUAUUUAGCUAAAUAUUCAGUGCCAAUGGUUCGAGCAACGUGGCUGAUUAAGAUGACGUGUGCCUAUUAUUCUGCUAUUUCUGAAGCUAAAAUUAAGAAACGUCAGCCUACUGAUCCCAACUUGGAGUGGACACACAUAUCCACCAGAUACCUCCGCGAGCAGUUGGCCAAGAUUUCUGACUUUUACCACGUGGCUUCCAGCUCAGGCGACGGCCCUGUCCCUGUGCCACCAGAUGUCGAGCAAGCCAUGAAGCAGUGGGAGUACAACGAAAAGCUGGCGUUUCACAUGUUCCAGGAAGGAAUGCUAGAAAAACACGAAUAUUUGACAUGGAUCUUGGAUGUUUUAGAAAAGAUCAGACCAAUGGAUGAUGAUCUUCUUAAACUCUUGUUACCACUGAUGCUGCAGUAUUCAGAUGAGUUUGUCCAGUCGGCUUACCUGUCUCGUCGUCUUGCCUACUUUUGUGCCCGGCGUCUUGCCUUGCUGCUGAGCGAUAGCCCCAGCCUCCUUGCUGCCCACUCACCCCACAUGAUGAUAGGACCAAACAACUCGAGCAUCGGGGCCCCCAGCCCUGGCCCCCCUGGGCCCGGCAUGAGUCCUGUGCAGCUGGCCUUCUCAGACUUCCUUUCCUGUGCACAGCACGGCCCCCUGGUUUAUGGACUUAGUUGUAUGUUGCAGACUGUCACUCUCUGUUGCCCAAGUGCCUUGGUGUGGAAUUACUCCACAAACGACAGUAAGAGUGCAAACCCAGGCUCACCCCUGGAUCUGCUGCAAGUGGCCCCCUCUAGCCUCCCCAUGCCGGGCGGGAACACGGCUUUCAAUCAGCAGGUUCGAGCAAGGAUUUAUGAGGUAGAACAGCAGAUAAAACAAAGAGGCCGUGCAGUGGAAGUUCGGUGGUCUUUUGACAAGUGCCAGGAGUCAACAGCAGGGGUGACCAUCAGUCGGGUUUUGCACACGUUGGAAGUGUUGGAUCGACACUGUUUUGACCGAACUGAUUCCAGCAAUUCAAUGGAAACGCUUUAUCAUAAGAUUUUCUGGGCAAACCAAAACAAAGAUAACCAAGAGGUAGCCCCCAAUGAUGAAGCUGUGGUGACACUAUUGUGUGAAUGGGCUGUGAGCUGUAAAAGAUCAGGCAAGCACAGGGCGAUGGCUGUGGCAAAACUCUUGGAGAAGAGGCAAGCGGAAAUCGAGGCAGAGAGAUGUGGUGAAUCGGAGGUCUUAGAUGAGAAGGAGUCCAUUUCUUCAGCUUCUCUUGCUGGAUCGAGUUUGCCUAUUUUCCAGAAUGUUCUGCUAAGGUUUUUGGAUACACAGGCCCCCUCAUUGUCGGAUCCAAACAGUGAAUGUGAAAAGGUGGAAUUUGUGAAUCUGGUGCUGCUCUUCUGUGAGUUCAUCCGACAUGAUGUCUUCUCUCAUGAUGCAUAUAUGUGUACCCUCAUAUCUCGAGGAGACUUAUCGGUCACCGCCUCGACUCGGCCACGGUCGCCAGCAGGAGAAAAUGUAGAUGAACACUAUCCAAAGGACCAUGAUGUGAAAAUGGAGGAACAGACUAUUAUGGCACAUAUGGGCAUUGACUCAGGAACUACUAAUAUUUUUGAUGAAGUAGACAAGAGUGACUUUAAAACUGACUUUGGUUCGGAAUUUCCAAUAUUUUCUCCUAUGCCUGGAGAGUCCUGUGAGAAUGCCAACCCUUCCUUGGGCAGAAGAAUGUCGGUUAAUGGUGAGAAGUUGCUGAAGAGAGAAAAACCAAGAGAGUUAAUUUUUCCAUCUAAUUAUGACCUCCUGCGACACCUGCAGUAUGCAACACAUUUUCCCAUACCUCUGGAUGAAUCUUCAAGUCAUGAAUGUAACCAGCGCACAAUCCUUCUUUAUGGAGUGGGCAAAGAGCGUGACGAAGUGAGGCAUCAGCUGAAGAAGAUUACCAAAGAUAUUUUGAAAAUCCUAAAUAAGAAGAGCACCACAGAGACCGGGGUUGGAGAUGAAGGACAAAAAGUCAGGAAGAACAAACAGGAAGCAUUUCCAACACUGGAGACUGUGUUCACAAAACUUCAGCUCCUUUCUUAUUUUGAUCAGCAUCAAGUGACAUCUCAGAUCUCUAACAAUGUGCUAGAACAAAUCACUAGCUUUGCAUCAGGGACAUCCUAUCAUCUCCCUUUGGCUCACCACAUUCAGCUCAUCUUUGACCUCAUGGAGCCAGCACUGAACAUCAACGGAUUAAUUGACUUCGCAAUACAGCUACUAAAUGAACUGAGUGUUGUAGAAGCUGAACUGCUCCUGAAAUCUUCCAGCCUGGCAGGAAGUUACACAACGGGGCUGUGUGUCUGCAUUGUGGCUGUUCUCAGGCGGUACCAUAGUUGUCUGAUCCUGAAUCCUGAUCAAACAGCCCAGGUGUUUGAAGGGUUGUGUGGUGUGGUAAAGCAUGUUGUGAACCCCUCAGAAUGUUCUUCUCCUGAAAGAUGCAUCUUAGCCUACCUCUAUGAUCUCUACGUAUCAUGUAGCCACCUCAGAAGUAAAUUUGGAGACCUCUUCAGUAGUGCCUGUUCAAAAGUUAAGCAGACCAUAUAUAAUAAUGUGAUGCCUGCAAAUUCUAACUUGCGAUGGGAUCCGGACUUCAUGAUGGAUUUUAUUGAGAAUCCUUCGGCCCGUAGUGUCAACUACUCAAUGCUGGGAAAGAUCCUUAGUGACAAUGCGGCCAAUCGCUACAGCUUUGUCUGCAAUACACUCAUGAAUGUAUGUAUGGGCCAUCAGGAUGCCGGAAGGAUUAAUGACAUUGCCAAUUUCUCCUCCGAGCUGACAGCUUGCUGCACUGUUCUUAGUUCGGAAUGGUUGGGAGUUCUGAAGGCUCUUUGUUGUUCUUCAAAUCAUGUCUGGGGGUUUAAUGAUGUACUUUGCACUGUAGAUGUGAGCGACCUUUCAUUCCAUGAUUCAUUAGCUACUUUCAUUGCCAUUCUGAUAGCACGACAGUGUUUUUCCCUGGAGGAUGUCGUGCAGCACGUUGCACUUCCCUCUCUCCUCGCAGCAGCUUGUGGAGAUGCGGAUGCGGAGCCUGGGGCGAGAAUGACAUGCCGGCUCUUGCUUCAUCUCUUCCGAGCUCCCCAGGCCUGCUUAUUACCCCAAGCAACGGGCAAACCCUUCCCGGGAAUAAGAUCAUCUUGUGAUAGACAUCUCUUAGCUGCUGCUCACAACAGCAUCGAAGUGGGAGCUGUGUUUGCUGUUUUAAAAGCAAUCAUGAUGCUUGGAGAUGCUAAAAUUGGCAAUAAUAAUGUCAGCUCUUUAAAGAAUGAUGACUUCACCAUGAGGGGUUUACGACGUGAUGGGAAUGCUGACGAUAUCUGGACUGCCUCACAAAAUUCAAAAUCCUGUGGGAAAAGCAUUUCUAUAGAAACUGCGAAUUUAAGAGAAUAUGCUAGAUAUGUACUGAGGACCAUCUGUCAGCAGGAGUGGGUAGGAGAACACUGCUUAAAAGAACCUGAAAGAUUAUGCACAGACAAAGAACUUAUAUUGGACCCUGUGCUUUCAAAUAUGCAAGCGCAAAAAUUAUUACAGCUUAUCUGUUAUCCUCAUGGCAUUAAAGAAUGUACCGAGGGGGACAACUUGCAAAGACAGCACAUUAAACGCAUUCUUCAGAAUCUUGAGCAGUGGACCCUGAGGCAGUCCUGGCUAGAACUUCAGUUAAUGAUUAAACAGUGCUUGAAAGAUCCUGGCUCUGGUUCAGUGGCCGAAAUGAACAACUUACUGGACAACAUUGCAAAGGCAACAAUAGAGGUAUUCCAGCAGUCUGCCGACUUGAACAAUAACUCUUCUAACCCUGGUCUGGGCCUCUUCAACCCAAACGGGAUUGGCAGUACCGACACGAGUAGCACAAGACAGAAUGGAAUAAAGACAUUUCUAAGUUCCUCUGAACGCAGGGGUGUAUGGCUGGUGGCCCCCCUAAUUGCCAGGCUGCCGACUUCUGUGCAAGGAAGAGUACUGAAAGCUGCUGGGGAGGAGCUAGAGAAGGGACAGCACUUGGGUUCUUCUUCAAAAAAGGAAAGAGACAGACAAAAACAGAAAAGUAUGUCUCUUUUGAGUCAACAACCAUUCCUUUCACUGGUCCUUACCUGCCUUAAGGGACAAGAUGAACAACGAGAAGGUCUCCUAACAUCUCUCCAGAAUCAAGUUAAUCAGAUCUUAAGUAAUUGGAGAGAAGAACGAUACCAAGAUGACAUAAAAGCACGGCAGAUGAUGCAUGAAGCAUUGCAACUUCGCCUAAAUUUGGUGGGAGGAAUGUUUGACACGGUGCAGAGGAGCACCCAGUGGACAACAGACUGGGCCCUCCUCCUCCUUCAGAUCAUUACUUCCGGAACCGUUGACAUGCACACUAACAAUGAAUUAUUCACUACAGUUCUUGACAUGCUGGGUGUUUUAAUCAAUGGAACAUUAGCCUCUGACCUGUCAAAUGUAUCCCCUGGGGGAUCUGAGGAGAACAAACGUGCAUAUAUGAAUUUAGUAAAGAAACUGAAAAAAGAGCUAGGAGACAAGCAGUCAGAAAGUAUCGACAAAGUUCGACAGUUACUACCUUUGCCAAAACAGACAUGUGAUGUCAUCACUUGUGAACCUAUGGGUUCCUUGAUUGAUACAAAGGGAAACAAAAUUGCUGGAUUCGACUCUAUAGAUAAAAAACAGGGUCUCCAGGUCUCUACAAAGCAGAAGGUGUCCCCUUGGGAUUUGUUUGAGGGGCAGAAGAACCCAGCUCCUCUGUCCUGGGCCUGGUUCGGGACAGUCCGAAUGGACCGGAAAGUAAUCAAGUAUGAGGAGCAGCAUCACCUCCUUUUGUAUCACACACACCCCAUGCCCAAGCCCCGGAGUUACUACCUCGAGCCACUGCCCCUGCCUCCCGAAGAGGAAGAGGAAGAGCCUGCAUCUCCCAUCUCUCAGGAACCAGAGAGGAAAUCAGCUGAGCUGUCAGAUCAGGGAAAAACCACAACAGAUGAAGAGAAGAAAACAAAGGGAAGGAAGCGCAAGACGAAAUCAAGCUCAAGAGCUGAUGAGUAUCCACAGAGCAACAUAUACCGAGUGCCUCCUAAUUACUCACCCAUAUCCUCCCAAAUGAUGCACCAUCCACAGUCUACUUUGUGGGGCUACAACCUCAUGGGUCAGCCCCAGCAGCCUGGCUUUUUCCUUCAGAACCAGUCUCUUACUCCAGGUGGCUCUAGACUGGACCCUGCCGGCCCUUUCGUUCCCACCAAUACCAAACAAGCUCUGUCCAACAUGCUGCAGCGUCGCUCGGGCGCCAUUAUGCAGCCACCGUCCCUUCACGCGAUCACAUCGCAGCAGCACCUGAUACAGAUGAAGCUCCUGCAGCAGCAGCAGCAGCAGCAGCAGCGGCUCCUUAGGCAAGCCCAGGCACGACCUUUCCAACAGGGCCAGCCAGGGGACCAGGCUGCUCUCUUUGCUGCACAAGCACGGCCCUCCCCUCAACUCCCCCAGUAUCCAGGGCUGCAGCAAGCACAGACCAUGCCUCAGGGCUAUACGAUGUACGGAACACAGAUGUCUUUGCAGCAGACGCCACAACAGCAGGCUGGCAGUGUGGUUCUCUCUCCCAGCUAUAACUCCAGGACCUAUCCAUCUGCACAUUCCAACCCGGCGCUAAUGGAAAGGCUCCGACAGAUGCAGCAGCAGCCAAGUGGCUAUGUGCAGCAGCAGGCGUCACCAUACCUGCAGCCUCUGACUGGUUCUCAGAGACUGAAUCAUCAGUCCCUCCAGCAGAGCCCUCUGAUGGGCGGUGGAAUCGAUGCGGUGCUGACCUCUGCACACCCGAACCUUCCCUCGGCGCCCCUGCCCCAGGACCCGAUGAGGCCCAGACAGGCGCAGGUGCGACAGCAGCAGAGGCUCCUCCAGGUAUGGUGCUGGAGAUGCAGCAGCCCCCCCAGCAGUCCUCACAGCCCCAGAGUCAGACCCUUAGUCUCCAGGCGAUGCAGCCCCAGCAGCCUUUGGAGCAGCUGGGACAUGUGGGACAGUGAUCAUCAACACCUACGCAGGCAGUUUCCCAGGCAAGGUUUGCAGCAGACCCAGCAGCAGCAACAGACGGCCGCCCUGGUACGGCAGCUCCAGAAGCAGCUUUCUAGUAACCAGCCACAGCAAGGAGUGACUCCCUAUGGGCAUCCUUCACACUUCUGAAUCUGGAAGAGGACAAGACAUGAAUUUUUAUGUUUGCACUGAAAAAUAGAAAAUCAAAUUUAAUGCAUUAGUCAUCUUUAGAAAUGUCCCUUUGUUCUUUCCUUUCUUUGAAGUUUUCCUAUAUUUUAUGCUACUUUUCAUACAAAAGUGUUUUAACAAAAAGCAAAGGAGGAGGUGUGGUUUGGUUUUGUUGCGUUCAACUUUAAAGUAGGUUUAAAAAUGUGGAUUAUGCUGGCCUACUCCGGGAAGAGAUUGUAGCAGGCCUUUAGCUACUGAUGCAUUUUUUUGAAUCUCAGUGAAUUAUGGUGGAUUUAAAAUAUUUAUAUAUUCACUAACAAUGAAGACUUUUUAAAAUUUUUUUUGCAAACUGCCGGACCAAACUACUGAUUUGAAAGGCAUGUCAGAUCUUGACAGGAAAGCAGCCCAUUUAUUCUGCAUUCACCUGUGAUGGUGAAAUGGACAUUUAUUUGCAUCACUCUAAUUUGAAAUGUUUGUAAUUUCAUAAGCACUUUAUAAACUUUGUUCUUAUUUAGGUAGGCGUUUUCUUUGCUUUUGUUGUGGUCAAAAGGUGCUGAAACAGAUUGUUGCUUAAUAUUUAAAUUGCUUAGACCAAGAACUUAAACCAAGACUUCUAUGAGAGCCACCCUAAGACAUGUGGGAAGAAGUAGCUGUGCUCAGAUUCAUUUUCGGUGGCAAGAUCAUUGACCAGUCUUCAUGAAGGUACAACAUGUAGAUUCUAAAGACCCGAAACAACAACAGUAGAAUUGUUCUGGUAAUUUAUUGACAGGUUUGGCAAAAAUGGCUCUGUCCAGUUUUGGUUCUCCUGAGCCUUAUGCCAACUUGAGAAAAAAAAAUCUCGUAGCUGGCUCGAGGUUCCACAGUGCUCAAACUUGACAUGGUUUCCAGAGGCUCUGGCUCCCAAGUCCAGAAGCCUCUGGUUUUCAUAAAAGAUGUAUUUACUGUUUAUUUUGUAUGGUAAGUAUUUGCUAUUUUGAAUUUAAUUCUUAAUGUUGGUGUCAGUCUUGGUUGUGUAUUACAUAUGCUGUAUUUAUAAAUUGGUGCAAAAAGCACAAGUAAAGUAAAUUAUACAUCAAAUUUAUUAUAAAGAAAUAGUAACUAUUUUAACUUUGUUCAAGUAUGUGGUAAUUUGCUCCUAUUAGAGUAAAAAAUACAGUAAAUUAUUAUCAGUUUGUGUAACUUAAGAGUAUUCCAUAUAAUAUUUUUUUAGACUUAGAUGCAUAAAAUUUUGAAUGUGAAAAUUGCAGGGCAUUUUAAAACAUGUGGGGGAUAUUUUCCCAUGUUCUGUGUUAUUUCGUUUUCUUUUGCCAUAUGAUUUUACAUGUAAUAUAGUUGCGCAUACUGUGAAUAGAUUUGUCUACAAUGAGCAAACCAUGUAGAACUACUUUUUUUAAAGUGUAGCUAGUACAACUUUAAUAGAUCAUUUCUUUUGCAAAUCAUUAUAUAAAUAAUUUAUAUCUUCCUAGGUGAGUUAUUCAUUGCAAAGUUUGACUCAUGCAAAUGACCUCAAAUACAUGUCCGCUUACUUUGCUGUGGCAGCAACCAUGUGAACUGCUUUGUACACUGUGAAACUAUUUCACUCCAGCCUGCUCAUUUUGUGUUUACUCUGGGCUGGAAAAGACUUUGCCAAAACAUUAAAAACCAAUCUUUUCACUAAAUUAACAUAUUCUAUCUGCUUUCAGAAGAUGGAUCUUUACAUUUCAGCUGGUUUUGUAUAUCAGGGUGUUCCCCCCCUCCCCACCCCCUCUCAAGAAUCAGAGUCCAUGAAGUUAUUUUUCUUCUAAGUAAUAUAUCCAUAUAAUGACUGCCUUGGCAAAACAACCGAAUUGUGAAUGUUGUGCCUAGUGAGUGAGUCCUGUUCCAUCCUGAUUGUUUUAUUUCUUAUCAAGAAUUAUUGGUACUUGAAAUGUCAGUUUUCAGUUUGAACUAUAUAUUUUUGUAGCUCAAUAUUGCAAACAGCAGUAAUACUGUUUCAAGAAUGAGUGUUAUAAUUGCAUAGCAUUUGUAUGCACUUUAUAUUUUGAAGAAGUUAGUGAAAUUAAUUUAUUAAUCAUUUUGCACAAGAAAGCUGUAGGAUAUGCCUUCGUUGUUGUUGUGUCCCGUUUUUAGGUGAGGAAGCUAAGUCUCCUUUGUAAGGCCCUAUAAUUCAAAGCUUCUGUGGAAGUUGAGGGAAAACCUGAAGCUGGUUUCCCCCUGAGCAUUAUAAAGAAGGCAACUGGAAAUUUUAAUCUACUAGUCUUAUCAUAUUAACUCCCACUUCAUCCUCUAUCCUGAGGUUUUGUGGUUUUUUUCUUUUUUAGCAGCUGCAUUAAUUUGCAUUAAAUGAUCACAAGGGGAACCCUAGCCUUUAACAGAACCUGGUAAUUUGCUUCGUAAGUAGAAAGGAAAUUAUCUUAGGAUAAAUGGAAAACCCCAUUCCCCUUAAAGGUAAGACUUUGAAAUAGAGUGGAGUUGGACAUAAUAAGCCUUUAGACAUACCUGUUUGCACUGUAGGCUUGUUCCUAGUAGAGUUGCAUUUGUCAUUUUAUUUAUUCCUCUUGGCCCAGAAGUGGAGGGAAAUCACUGUGGAAUGAGUAUCCUUUGAUCUUUUGCUGCCACAGGUUACCAGCAUCAGAGGUAAUAGGUCUCUUAAGUAGGGCCAGCUGCAAGCUGGUAUGAAAACACAAUGAAGUGAGCUCCACGUGUCUCAAAUGAUUGGCAGUGGCUAACAUAGCUCUGGGUUUUGUGUACUGAGAUGUCUGAGCGAGACCUACGGCAUUUUCUUCUUUUUCACUUAUUACGGCUCCUAUAAUUCUUCUUAAAUAAUAGGUGAAUAUUUGAAUAGAUGCUGGAGAAAUUACACUGGAAAAUUCCAGCCUCUAGAAUUAGAAAGGAUGAAUCAAUGUCGCUCAAAUUAAUUCAGGUUGGAUUAAGCAUGUAAUAUAAAUACAGUAAAUUACAAAAAGCAACAUUUUGUGUAGGGGCGAACAAAUUUUAAGUACAGUGAAACUUCAUUAUGUGUAUUAAAUCUACAUAUUUCCCAAACAUUUACCUGUCGCAUAAAAGAUUACCACUUAAUGAAAUAAAAUGCUCAUAGAGCAAUGGUUCCUCCUCCAAAAAUUUUCUUUAUAAACAAACGGCUCCAAACCAGGGGUGCCUGAGCUAGACUUUGAAGUUAUAAAGACGUUUCAUUGUAUUUUUAAAACCUUUUUAAUGAGCUAAUUUGAACAAAGAUGUAAUCAACCCCCAUUCGCAUUUUAUGAUGUACAGGUGUAGAGUUGCUUUUUACAUGUGGAAAAGAUAGCUUGCAUUUAUUUUUAAUGCAGUUAUUAAAACAUUUUUGUAGUCCCCAUCAAGGAAAAUUUUCAGUGCACAAAAUGGCGAAUCAUAAUCCAAACAGUUCAAUGCUUAUUUUUUUGUAGGUUUUAGUAAAAUAUUUAUAAACCAACCACAAAAUAUACAUCAAAAUGUCAAAUUUAAAUCAAGAUUGCAAAUUUAGUCUUUUCCAUUGUCUCUGUUCUCAGUGCCAUGCUUGUACCAUUGAUAGAAGGUGAACACUAGGCAACUGGUAGCGAAAGAAAAAAAUCCAUUCUUUAAUGAAGAAUUCAGGUACAUUAGCCAUUUGUUAUUUUAUGGUGGACAGUUUUCUCUUAAUGUUAAUUGUUAUUUGUUGGCAAAAUAAAAGUGCCUUAAGUUAAAAGUUUGUUUUGAGAUUCAUUGAAGAAAUCAGUAUCGGUUCAUAAUGCAUUUAUUUACAAGUCUUUUUUUUUUUUUUGCAUGUCCAUUAUAAAUUUAAUAUUGUAAAUGUAUUCAAAUUCAUUUACAUGCCUAUGGCUGCCUUUGAUUAAAUUUCUUCCAAAAAAUAAA